UGUCAAAUUUAUAGGUUAAAGACGCCUUUUAGUCUUCACAAAUUUCCAAAUUCAUUUAUAUUUUUGUUAUUAAAGAGUUACGUAGGUAUUUUUAUCUCUGUAAUGUCAUCGGAUAAGCAACCACAAUAUUGUUUCAAAUCAACCACCUUUGAGCAUACAAGUAAAGUUGGAAACAAGAAAAAAGUGUGGAAGUCUUUAAAACAAAUACUAGCUUCUGAAAAAGCAUUGAAGUGGCCUGAGGAUACAGUUUUAUAUUCUUCAAUCAACGCUUUGCCUUCGUUCAAGCCUGCAAAGAAAUAUUCGGAUAUAUCAGGAUUAAUUGUGAGUAUUGUUUAUUGA